GGUAGAGGCAUGGCCUUGGCCACCACCAGCAAGAAGAUGCGGGAGGAGGCCACCUGCGCCAUCUGCCUGCAGCUGAUGGCCGAGCCCGUGAGCAUCAGCUGCAGCCACAUCUACUGCCAGGUCUGCCUCCUGAGCCUUAUGGGCUCGGCCUCCUCGCUGUGGAGGCUGCCGAACACCUUCUCCUGCCCCCAGUGCCGGGCUCCCUUCCAGAGAGGCAGCCUGAGGCCCAACAAGCAGCUGGGCAGCCUCAUCACCACCCUGAAGGAGCAGGAGCUGAAGCAGGAGCAGGAGGAGGAGCAGGAGCCGAAGCAGGAGCCGAAGCAGGAGCAGGAGCUGUCCUGCCAGGAGCAUGGGGAGCGGCUGCACCUCUUCUGCGAGGACGAGGGCCAGCUCAUCUGCUGGCGCUGCGAGCGUGACCCGAGGCACAAGGGCCACGCCACGGCGCUCGUGGAGGACGCGGGCCCCGGCUACAGGGAAAAGCUCCAGGAAGCGGUGAGGAAACUGAGGAAACUGGAAGGGGAAUGCGCCAGCCAGAAAGCGUUCACGGCGAAGCAGAUACCGGAGUGGAAUGAGAAGAUAGAGGCUCAGAGAUAGAAAAUCCAGGCGGACUUCCAGAACCUGCACAGCUUCCUGAGGGAGGAGGAGAGGGCGUACCUGUGGAGACUGGAGAGCGAGAAAGAGCACACACUGAAGAGACUGAGGGACCGUGAGGCCAAACUGGGGCAGCAGAGCCGGGAGCUGGAGAGCCGCAUCCUGGAGCUGGAGGAGCGAUGCCAGGGCUCCGCCCAGAAGGUGCUGCAGGACGUGAAGGGCGCCCUGAGCAGGAGCCAAACUGUGCGGCUGGAGACACCGGAGGCCGUCUCCUUGGAGGUUCAGACCCAGUGUGAUGUCCCCGAGGUCUACUUUGACCUGAGGAAACGGUUGAGGAGCCAUCAAGGACCCUGCGAGGAUGAGCUCCCUCUGUCCGUAUUUGUUUGGGAUUUCUUGAACCGUCUGACAGAGCUGCCUGGCAGUUGUGAAACUGACAUGGAACAGUUUGCAGAGACCCUGCGUGGCCGGGUGACCACGGACAAGGCCCUUCAAGAACUUGUGGAUGUCAUCUGUGAACAGGCCACGUCCGUGCCAAAGUUCCGCUGUGUGGGAGCUCGCCUGUGCAAUUACCUGUCCCGUCACCUGAUUGUUAGCUCACAGAGGGGCAGCUUCGGCCGAGUGUUCCUUCAAAGAUUACAGACUGAAUGUGAAUUUAGUUAUCAAGCUGCCGAGGGUGAUGAAGCAGCUCGGAAACGAUUCCAUGGGUUCGUGCUCUUUCUGGGAGAACUUUAUCUUCCACUGGAGAUCGAAGGGGCCAAAGCACAGGUUCUACCAGCUGCUCUUCGUUUUCUGUUGACUGCCCUCCUCUCUAACCCUGUGGAUGAUAACCUCAUUUGUGCGGUACAAUUACUAGAGUUGACAGGGUCCAAGUUGGAAGAUGCCUGGACGGGACAGGGAAGUACAGAGAUGGAGGAAGUUAUCCGGAGGAUUGCGAACGUCGCCCUGGACGCGCCCUGCAGUGCAGAUGUGAGGCAGAUGCUCUUGAAGCUCGUAGAGUUCCGAUCAAGUAACUGGGGGAGAGCCCAUGUCACCUCCACAUCAAGAGAAGCAGCACCUGAGAAUGAUCCCAGCUGUUUUAUGUCUGAACCACCUCUGGGUCCAGCGGAUGGUGCUCCUCUCACUGCAGCUGAUCCCGAUGACCAUGAUUCCUGUCAGGAGUGAC